AUGACGCACACCCACCAGCAGCCCGCGCUGGGGCAUGGCGCCCACCGGCUGCCCACACACAAGAUGAUACAUGCCCACCGGCCACCCACAUGGGAGAUAGGAGUGCUCUGCGCUGUGAAGAAGCAGCUCCUGGAGACUCUGGGCGUUUUGUGUUGGUUGGAGCCACACGACCAAGAUGGCAGCGAUGGCGGAGUGACAGGCUUCCUCAGGGUGGAAACCGACAGCAGUGGUGGAAGCAGUAGUGCCGCCCUCACACAACGCGCCUUUUCCAUCCCGCGACGAGUCGCCGUGAAAGCAAAGCAGAGUCAGCGGUUCAGAAUUACUGGCACUGCCCGAUAUGCUAGCAUCAAUGCACAUCUUGGUAUUGAACAGAGUCGCCGAGAUGACAUGGAAUCGUUAGGCUAUGUUUUGAUGUAUUUUAAUGGAACUAGCUUACCAUGGCAAGGACUAAAGGCUGCAACAAAGAAACAAAAAUUUGAAAAGAUUAGUGGAAAAAAGAUGUCCACUCCUGUUGAAGAUUUAUGUAAAGGCUUUCCUGCCGAAUUUGCCAUGUACUUAAAUUAUUGUCGUGGUUUGCACUUUGAGGAAGCUCCAGAUUACAUGUACCUGAGGCAGUUAUUCCGCAUUCUUUUCAGGACCCUGAACCAUCAGUAUGACUACAGAUUUGAUUGGACAAUGUUAAAGCAGAAAGCAGCACAGCAGGCGGCCUCUUCCAGUGGGCAGGGUGAGCAGGCCCAAACCCCCACAGGCAAGCAAACUGACAAAACCAAGAGUAACAUGAAAGAUUUCUAA